AUGGAGUACGACUUAACUAAACAAAUUUGCACCUUUUUGGAUGCUCAUCUUAUGCUUCCACUCCUCGAAUUUGUCAAGGGAUAUCCAGAGGAACAAAUCGAUAAGGUAAAGGCCGAUAUUUUAGAAAAGACUAGUUGCUAUUCAUACGCCAUCACAGUCAACCAAAAGAUUGGCCGUGACAUUACAGGUUUGGAGGAGAAGAAAAAGGUGGUCAUUGAAGAGUUGAGCAAGGCUGCCGCUGCUGCUGCUGCUGCUGCUGCCACCUCUACCACUGCUACCUCUACCACCACCACCACCACUGAAAAGAAGGAAGAGGAUGCUGUUGAAGCUACAACUACAACAGUUGUUGCUGAUGGUGAAGCUGCUACAACCAAUAACGUUCAAUCAACUCAACCAAAGGCAGAGAUGACAACAUUUGCACAACUCAGAGAAAAGGUCAACGCUCAAAUAGUCGAUUCACUCUACCGUCUCGCCAAGCUCUCAUACGAAUCGGGAGACUAUGGCAAUGCCAGAGACUACCUCGAAGUCUUUAUAAAGUUGUCGGACGACAAGUCCAAGAACUUCUCUGCCCUCUGGGGUAUCCUCGAAUCAGAUAUCCUCAGUUUGAACUGGGUGUCUGCCGUCGGUGACAUCAUGCCAAUCAAGGAAGAAAUCGAUUCAAACUCUUCACUCAAACCAAUCCAACAAUUACACCAAAGAGCCUGGUUGAUUCAUCGUAGUUUAUUCGUUUAUUUCAAUCAUCCAGAAUCAAGAUCAAUGUUGGUUGAUUUAUUAUUAGAUGACAAAUAUUUAAAUGCAAUUCAAACCAUUUGCCCAUAUAUUUUGAGAUAUCUUGCUGUUGCCAUUAUCACCAACAGAAGACGUCCACAACAACUUUAUCAAUUAGUCAAGGUUAUUGAACAAGAAGCAUACACUUAUCGUGACCCAAUCACCCUUUUCAUCCAAAGUCUCUAUGUCAAGUUCAACUUUGAAGAGGCUCAACAACAUUUGACACAAUGCGAAAAGGUUCUUGCCCAAGAUUUCUUCUUGGUCUCGUGUCUCAACGAUUUUAUGGAAAAUGCUCGUGCUUGCAUCUUUGAAACCUAUUGUAAUAUUCAUGAAAAUAUUGAUAUUGAUAUGUUGUGUAAUAACUUGGGUAUCAAGCCAGAAAAUUCCGAAAAAUGGAUUGUCGAAGCCAUUCGUAACGCUAGAUUCAUUGCCAAGAUUGAUUCGGCCAACAACCAAAUCAAGAUGUUCUCACAACACACCAACGCAUAUCGUCAAGUCAUGGACAAGACCAAGGGUUUAUUCAAUCGUGGUAUCGAGAUUUUAGUCGGUAUCAAUGACAGUCGUGUCCAACAAUCCAGAAAGAAUAUCGGACCAAAGGGUCAAGGAGGAAGAUUAAGACAAUCACAACAAUCACAACAAACAGGAGCAGCAGCACCAGCCACCACCGCACCAGCCACCACCACCACACCAGCCACUACAACCACUACUACACCAUCUACCACUGCACCAAAGGCACAAGAAACUGUAUCUGCUUAA